AUGGACACCGUGCUGUUAGACUUCCCCGGGGGCCUGGACGCCUUUCCUUCGGCUUAUUUCGACGAGGAAGACUUCUUCACCGACCAGUCCUCCCGGGACCCUAUAGAGGACGGGGAUGAGUUGCUGGCCGAUGAGCAGGCCGAGGUGGAGUUCCUCAGCCGCCAGCUGCACGAGUACUGCCACCGCGACGGGGCGUGCCUGCUGCUGCCGCCCGCGCCCUCCACGGCCCCGCACGCGCUCGCUCCGCCGCCGUUGGGGGGCCCAGGCGAGCCCGAAGACGCUGGCGGCGGCUGCUAUCGCAGCGAGGCAGGGGCGCCCCCCAGCGACUUCCCUUACUCUCCCGGCUCGCCACCCCCAUGCCUGGCGUACCCCUGCGCUGCAGCGGCCGUCCUGUCCCCGGGGUCGCGGCUGCGCGGCCUGAGCGGGGCGGCGGCCGCAGCGGCGCGACGGCGGCGGCGGGUGCGCUCCGAGGCCGAGCUGCAGCAGCUGCGCCAGGCGGCCAACGUGCGCGAGCGGCGCCGCAUGCAGUCUAUCAACGACGCCUUCGAGGGGCUGCGCUCGCACAUCCCCACGCUGCCCUAUGAAAAGCGCCUCUCCAAGGUGGACACGCUGCGCUUGGCCAUAGGCUACAUCAACUUCCUCAGUGAACUCGUGCAGGCCGACUUGCCACUGCGUGGCAGCAGUGCGGGUAGCUGCGGGGCUCCAGGCGUCGGUGGGCGCCUGGGCGGGGACAAUCCUUGUAGCCAGGCUCAGAAGGUCAUCAUCUGCCAUCGAGGCACGCGGUCACCCUCCCCGAGCGACCCGGAUUAUGGCCUCCCUCCUCUUGCAGGACACUCUCUGUCGUGGACUGAUGAAAAACAACUCAAAGAACAAAAUAUUAUCCGCACAGCUAAAGUGUGGACCCCAGAGGACCCCAGAAAACCCAACAGCAAAUCUUUCAGCAACAUAGAGAACGAGCCACCCUUUGAGUUUGUGUCCUGA